CCUUAUAUCGGUCAAUCGAGUAUCCGGCGUAAGGUAUCGUUUCGACAAAGUUAGCUUGAAGCUGAUGCAAUUUUGUCGAGAUAAUUGUGAGAUAUAAGGAAGGCUCUCAGCAAAAUAUUAGUCAUAAAGCAAACAAGAUGCCUGCCGAUCAGUUGGCCGAGUUAAGUCUGGGUGCUCUCUUCACAUCCGAAAAGAAGGGCAGCGAUGAGAGUGGUGAGGGAACGGAAUCGAAACCAUUCAAGACAAUCCUGCAGGCGAUGCGUCAUGCGGGCAAGGAGCCCUUUCCCACGAUUUACGUGGACAGCAAGGAUCCCAAUGCAACGGAGCCCUUUGAACCGGCUGCCAAAUCGCAGUUAAAGAAAAUCCAGAAACUCUUCGUUAGAGAGUCGCACAAAAACGCCGAGAAGCAGCAGCGCGAGGCGGAGGACGCCGAGAAGCGCCAACAGAAUCUGGAGGAGGCGCGCAAGAUCAAGAUCGUGGAGGAUCCCAGCCUGCCAGUGGCUCGUAAAAUUCGCAUCCUCGAGGGCACCGCCAACCGGGAUUCCCGUGUCAAGAUUUACGGCUGGGUGCAUCGACUGCGUCGUCAGGGAAAAGCCCUAAUUUUCAUCACCCUGCGCGAUGGCACUGGCUUCCUGCAAUGCGUGCUAAACGAUCAGCUCUGCCAGACCUACGAUGCCCUUACCCUGAGCACAGAGAGCUCUGUGGUGCUUUUCGGCACUUUGAAGCUGGUUCCGGAAGGCAAGACGGCUCCCGGUGGCCAUGAACUCAACGUGGACUACUGGGAACUGAUUGGCUUGGCUCCUCCCGGCGGUGCCGAUGCCAUUCUCAACGAGGAGGCCCAACCGGAUGUUCAGCUGGACAACAGGCACAUCAUGAUCCGCGGAGAGAACACCUCGAAGGUGCUCAAGAUGCGUUCCGUGGUAGCACAGGCAUUCCGUGCUCACUACGAGGCACGUGGCUACAACGAAGUAACGCCACCGACUUUGGUGCAAACCCAGGUGGAAGGUGGCUCCACUCUCUUCAAGCUGAAGUACUUUGGCGAGGAGGCCUACCUCACGCAGAGCUCGCAGCUCUAUCUGGAAACCUGCCUGCCGGCUUUGGGCGAUGUCUUCACCAUUUCCCAGAGUUAUCGGGCGGAGCAGAGCCGAACGCGCCGCCAUUUGGCUGAGUAUUCUCAUGUGGAAGCCGAGUGCCCCUUCAUCACGUUCGAUGAGUUGCUCGAUCGACUGGAGGAUCUGGUCUGCGAUGUGGUGGAUCGUGUGUUGAACUCGCCUUGGGGCUAUUUGGUCAAGGAGCUUAACCCUAAGUUCAAGCCGCCGCAGAAGCCAUUCCGUCGCAUGAACUACGAGGAUGCCAUCAAGUGGCUGAAGGAAAACAACGUGACCAAGGACGAUGGCACCUUCUACGAGUUCGGCGAAGACAUACCCGAGGCUCCGGAGCGCAAGAUGACGGAUACGAUCAACGAGCCCAUUAUGCUGUGUCGUUUCCCGGCGGAGAUCAAGUCCUUCUACAUGCAGCGCUGCAAGGAGGAUCAGCGCUUGACCGAGAGUGUGGACGUACUGCUUCCAAAUGUGGGCGAGAUUGUGGGUGGAUCGAUGAGGAUUUACGACAGCGAGGAGCUGCUUAAGGGAUAUGCGCGCGAGGGCAUCGACCCGAAACCCUAUUACUGGUACACGGACCAGCGUAUCUACGGAACUAUGCCGCACGGCGGCUACGGUUUGGGUUUGGAACGCUUCCUGUGCUGGCUGCUAGACCGAUACCACAUCCGUGAAGUCUGUCUGUAUCCCCGAUUCCUCGACAGGUGCAGGCCCUAAGCAGCAAAAGGGAACUUUUUCCUUCAGCCAGCAUUUAAGAAUAUUGAGCAUUGUCUUGCAACACCUAAUUGCAGCUUCUGCUACUAAAAAAAUGAAUUAAUACACUUGUCUGUAUAUCUUACUAUGAAUAAAGGCCGCGCCUAUGCUUCAUUAAAAUGAA